CAAACUUUUUCUUUCUUCUCUUUUGUUAGUUAUACUUUCUUCUCUUCUCUUCUUCUCUAACCAGAGGAUGAGAUUUCAGAUUCGCUCCAACUUCUUCUUCUUCUUCUUCUUCUUCACUGGAACGUAAAAACAGAAUUUUUUUAGAGAGAGAGAGAGAGAGAGAUUUGAAGUGUUUCAAUGGGGGAGGUGGUUCUGAGCAGUGAGGAUUUGGAGAUGAACGCAGCAACAGAGACAGAAAUGAAUACUUGGAGUAAUAACAACAAUAAGAACAGUAAUAAUUAUGGAAGUUGGAAGAAGAAAGAUGGUUGUAGUUCGAGCGGGGCGAUUACGAGGUGUGACAGGUUCUUGCCGGGGAUGAUGAUGCGGGUUUUGUUGGUCGAAGCCGAUGAUUCCACCAGGCAGAUUAUCGCCGCUCUUCUCAGGAAAUGCAGCUACAGAGUUGCUGCGGUGUCCGAUGGCUUAAAGGCAUGGGAAUUACUGAAGGGAAGACCACACGACGUGGAUCUCAUAUUGACGGAAGUGGAUCUGCCUUCAAUAUCUGGGUUUGCACUGCUCACACUGAUUACGGAGCAUGAAGUUUGCAAAAACAUUCCUGUUAUAAUGAUGUCCUCUCAAGAUUCAAUUAGCACAGUCUACAAAUGUAUGAUGAGAGGUGCUGCCGACUAUCUUGUUAAGCCUAUUAGGAGGAAUGAACUGAGCAAUCUGUGGCAGCAUGUUUGGAGAAGAAAAGCUUCAACUGCAAAUGGCCCCCAAGACGAAAGUGUUGCGCAACAAAAGAUUGAAGCCACUUCUGAAAACAAUGCUGCGAGCAACCAUUCCAAUGGAAACACAGCGUGCAUACAGAGAAAUGAGGACAACAUUGACAAAGGGAGUGAUGCCCAGAGCUCUUGUACAAAGCCAGAAAUGGAAGUUGAGAGUGUCCACAUGGAAAAAAUGCAGGAAUUUUCGCAGCCAACAGAGGGGACGUCUUUUCCGAGUGACUUGAGAAUACAGAAAGAUGGAGGGCACAUCAAUCUGGGGCAGAAAUUGCUUAUGCAUGGAAUUGAGGCCAGAGGUUUGUCGAUGGGUGCCUUUGAAGAUACUGAUGCAGGAAUAACGCUAGGCAAGGGUUUCAAGCCAGAAGGUGUCAGGAGUGAUGCUUGUGAGACUAACACUGUCUUGUCCAAACGUUCUAGAGAUCCCAUUGACUUGAAUGGAGUUUUGAACGAUAAUCCAAGUUGCGAUUAUCAAAAUUCCUCUUCAAGUAAUGGGACUAGCAAGUUGGAUUCUGGUCCAAGAUUAGAUCUUACCUUGAGAUCAAAUUCCAGUGGCUUUGAGAGUCAUGUUAUCGAGAAAAGGCACACCCUCGGGCAUUCUAAUGCUUCGGCAUUUACUCGAUAUAUCAACAGGCCACUGCAGCCCCUAAAUCCCACUCCAGCCAGUUCUUUUGAUCAAGAGAAAGAAUGCGGAACAAAAGCUGAAAAGCGUAUAUCCAAUGUAGUCACUGGUCUAAGUUAUAACUAUGACUUUCCCGGUCCCUCACUAAGCACUCCGAAAAGUGUGAUUACUCUCGCCACUGGUCAAUCCAACCACUCUGAAGUAGCAACUUAUUGUUCUCAACAAAGAGUAUUCCCUCUACCAAUUCCUGUUAAAGGUAUAAGGGUUAAUAAUCCCUGUGCAGGCUAUGGUUCUGUAGUGCCGCCGGUGUUUUGUUCGCAAUCAGGUUCGUCAUCCAUGGUCAGCCCAAGUUCUGUUGCCCAACAAGAAUCCCCAUUAGGAAUGAAUACAUUUUACCAAACGAAUCGCAAAACAAACAAAUCCGAGCAGGUAUAUGAUCCACUUUGUCGAGAUGCCAACAUUACCCUAGACCAAGCUAUCCACAAUCAAGAACAUAAGUUGGAUUCUUUGGAUGAUAGGGGGCAUAUCUCUCCCACCACUGAUCAAAGUGCGACUAGUAGUUUCUGUAAUGGGAAUCUAAGCCAUCUUAAUAGUAUUGGGUAUGGAAGUGCUUGUGGAAGUAACAGCAAUGUGGAUCAAGCUGUCUUGGUCAGGACUGCUUCUGAGAGCAAGAAUGACGAAAGUUAUUUUACAAACAAUGCGAACUCUCAUCGAUCAAUCCAAAGACAAGCAGCUUUGACAAAGUUCCGCAUGAAAAGGAAAGAUAGAUGCUUUGAAAAGAAGGUUCGUUAUGAGAGCAGAAAGAAACUCGCGGAGCAGCGUCCCAGAGUUAAGGGACAGUUUGUUCGCCAAGUGCUGACUGAGCCUUUUCCUGCAGUAACUGAUGUGAAUUUAUAAAAGGGUGUCAAAUUUUGCUUCUGAUAGUUAGAGAGACGAGCGCAUGAAUGGUUGAAAAACUCCGAAUGAUCCGAUAUAUAGCUUAUUCAACCUCCUAUUUACAGCAUAAUGUAACUAUUGUAGUAUAACUAUGUAAUUUGUACUAGUUACCAGAAGCCCCGGCUUACUCAUUCUUUUUUCCUUUUUGGUAGCUGUGAAUUUGUUCAUUGACAAUCUUGUAGGUAUAAUACUGGUAUAGCUAUACGCACUUGGUUUAGGCAUAUUUCUUUGUAUGGAAAGUAGAUGAAACUUUGGAGUCAAAACCUGUGUUAUGUACUUUAUAAUGACACCAGCAAUACCAUUCACGUACUUGUGUA